UCCAGCCGGUGUUGGUGGCGGAUUAAUAACCAGUCAUAAAGAAGUGGGAGGGGGAUUGUGUAUUGCAGAAGACGAGAGUGAAGGCACUGAUAGAAGAAGGACGAGAGAGGGAGAGUGUGUAAAAUAGAGAGAGAGGAGUAGAUAAAGCCGGAGCCAGCAUCAUGAGCUCGGCACUACCUUACGAUUCCCUGUCAGCUCGGCUGAGCCCCAACAGACGAGCUCUGGAUUGGGAACGCGAGCAGCUAGCUGUGCGAAGACUAUCCUCUCCAAGGAGUCUCGACCUCCUCACUCCUCCUGCUCUUCCUCGUCGGCCAUCACCAAUCCCGGGCUACCUGCUGUCCCCUUACCAAGAGCAGGAGGAGCAGCUUCACCAGCAGCAGCAACGACUAUCUUUGUCUGUGUGCUCAGAGGCCUCCCUGGCGCCCCCUGCACCUCCACCUGUGGGCGCUGCCCCACCUUGCUGCCGCCCAGUUGGAGUCAUGCACCUCCUGCGUCUGGGUCUCCUGGCUUUCAGCUGCCUCUUCUGGGCAGCCGGCUUGGCCCUCUUCACACUGGGAGUGUGGGCUCAAAUUUCUCUGGCUGACUACAUGAUGCUGUCCACCAAUCGCUACCCCAACGCCCCGAUCAUCCUACUGUCCACUGGUGCCGCCGUCACCGCCUGGGGCUUCCUGGGUUGUCUCGGGGUGGCUGCAAACCUGCCUUGUGUGCUACGGGCUUACGGGUUCUUUCAACUUGCUGCACUUGUAGCAGGUUUGGCAGCUGGACUCUCGGGCCUCUUUUAUCGCGAAGACAUCGCUGGAGGAUUUCGUAGCGGCCUACAGCGAGCGGUGGCCGGCUACACAGAGGAUGAAGGCCGUGCCGAUGCUUUAGAUAGCCUGCAGAGGGCUCUGGAGUGUUGUGGAGCUGAAGGUUGGCGCGACUGGCUCACUUCGGAUUGGGCUAUCCAACAUAUGACCUUCCCAACCACCGAGAAUGGCACCUCAGUAUCCCUGCCGGACAGCUGUUGCGUGAGGCGCAAGGGCUGCAGGAACCGACCUCUGCCGUCAGACGAUAGCGAAGGAGUGACUGCUGCAGGAAUCCAUCCGCACGGCUGCUUCCGCAAAGUUUUCAGCUUGGUCAACGACAACGUCUUCCACAUUGCUGCCACUGUGUUGGGAUUGGCCUUCACCCAGAUUGGAGGCAUUGCCCUGGCGUGUCUGCUGGCCAACAGGCUGGCACCGAGACAACAUCGACGUGUAGUGGCACAUUAA